CAGGAAGAAGCUAUCUACCUCCAGACGUGCAAAUUUUCAGGUAUGGAAUGCAGGGCCCAAUACGUAUGUGCACACUUUUUGAAUCACUAAAUUUAUAAUUUGGCUUGUUGUGAAUGUCAGAGAACGAGUUGUUUAACUAGUUAAUGAGACAAUAGGUGAAUGAACCAAACAAUGUCCCUUGCCUUAAAAAAUAAUAUUAGGCGGUAUGUUUUCAAAGGCCAAUGAAUGUUGAAGUUUUUGGAAGAUUCAUGGCUCCAGAAUAAUUUCCACCCUCCCACACCAUUGAACAUUAGUUUUAUCUUCUAAAACCCUUGCUGUCUUUGAAAUAUUUUGCUAUUCAUCAUUCUUGAUUACAAGGCAUCAGGUAAGGCAAGGUUUAUUUUGAAGCCUUUAGAUUAUAGUGGUAUGUGACUCCUUGAAUGGUGGUAUAAUAUUGUUGUUUCAAAUCAGAUUCUUUUUUCUACUGUGCGAAGUGAUAAAAAAAUUAAUUAUGUUUCUUGCAUAUUUAGGCAAAAUUAAUUUUUAAGCUUUGAGAUUUAAGUUGUAUGUGACUCUUCAGUGGUAUUUCAUUUAAAAGCAGUCAGUUAAAAAUCCUUUGGGCCUGAUUGGCUUGUUCUUAAAUGCAGAAUUGUGAGAUUAUUGAUUUAGUAUCUGUCUGUCUUGCUACCAUUUACUUAGAUUGACCUGUAGACCAGUAUGGCCCUGAGCAACAUAUACAAGCCAGUAACAAACAAGUUCUCUCAUCUUGCGAGUGAUGAAGAUGAUGAUUCAGAUGAUCUUGAUGAUGAAAUUGAUGAUAGCUAUGGGCUGCACAGUCCAACAAGAAAUGUCCGGAAACCAUUAAUGGUGCCUAAGAGGACCACUAAAAUAAGAAGAGCGCAUUCAAAACCUUGGUGUACAGCUAGAGCUGGCUUAAUCUGCUUCCUUUGGCUUGCAUUUUUUACAAUAUGUUCAGCAGGACUUGUCCUUCUUAUACUACGUGCAAUUGAUUCACUGGGCUCCAAGAAAAAUGCUUCACAUUUACAGCCUCAUUUUGACAAAAAACUCAGUUUAAAUAAACAAAGUAUUUUAGAUGAUGAGAACAACUUUGCUCCCUGUGACGAAGUUUCUGCUACAAAGGUGUGGCAUUCGUCAUUUCCAAAACUAAUGACAGAAACAGCCGUGCGUCCUAAUGACGUAAAUCAAGAUGGUAUCGAUGACCUUAUGGUCGGUUUUUCAACUGGUGUAGAUGGCUACAACGCACCCAAAAUCUCUUGUGACUUAUACUUCAAUGGGACAUACCCUUGCUAUGGAGGGCUUCUGGCCCUUGAUGGUAAAACUGGUCAAGAGAUUUGGAGGCACUAUACAAUGCAUGAAAUAUAUGGCGUGAACUGCAAUGGAGAUUUAGACAUUGAUGGUGUCCGAGAUUGUUUGGUCUCUGGAAGAGGAGGAGUGUUUGAAGUUGUCAGUGGAAAGACUGGUAACAUGAUUUGGGGCUUUGGACCACAAGAAUCUCGAGACACUAACAUGAAUUUGUAUACAGGGCAGUUUAUCAGAGACUUGAACAGCGAUGGUGCAAUGGAAGUUUUGGUUACACAUGGUGGAGAUCCUAAGGCGUGAGUAUUUUACUUGUGUAGUAAAAAAAUAUUCUCUUUGGCUUUUGAACUGUGGGAUAGUGUCCUACACGAUUUCAUAAUAAUUAAAAUGAAGGAAUUGAAAGAACUGUCUUCCCAAAAUAAUGUUGUAGUACAAUUCAAGCAAAAUUGAGGCAGUCUGAGAUUGUGUUUCUUUACUAAAAUCAAGUAUGCAGGGAAUAAAACAGCUAGGGAUUUCUUUUAGUGCUAUGUUUCUUCUCUUUUCCUAUGGAUUGCGAAGUAGCCGGGGGCCACAUUAAUAGUAGCCAGGGGAAAUCUCUGGCCCCCGCCUCUUAAUGACAGCCCUGCCAUCUAACAAGCUCCUAAUAACAAGCUUCUAAUGCCCUUGUCCUUUAUCCAGUGACCCCGGCAGUCCUCAGCGCCUGGUAGGACGUAUUUUGAUUUUCUCUGGAAAGACUGGUGAAGUGCUGACAUGGGCAAAGACCCCAGAUGAAAGAGAGACCUACUUCUCACCAGUUAUAUACACCAAGAAAGACGGCAUUGAACUUGUUCUGUUUGGGACUGGAGGAGAAACUCACCCAGGUGGAUUAUGGGUUGUUUCUUUGCUUGAUCUGUUUAAUGGCCUGAUAGAGAGAGCUAAGCUUAUUUACAAAGAUGAUUUUAAAGGUACAGUACCUUACGAUUUGUGUUAUUGUCAGUAGUAUUAUAAAUUUUAUGCCUCUUAUUAUUCAAGGUUGCUUGCAGGUAAUCAGUUGAUAGUGGACAGGAGGUGGGGGGGGGAGGGAUGAGAAAGUGCCAUGUGGACACUUUCUCUGUUAUUCCAAUGGACAGAUUAAGUCUCAGCUAAAAGCCUUCAUGGCUUCUUGAGACUGUCUUCCCUAUUAUACUUAUUAAUUUUAGCUAGUAAAUUUAAGUAUGUAACAAAGGCAAGUCAUAAUCACAAUAAAAAUUGUAGUAAAUAAGCAACUAAAAUAUAUUGAUUUAGAGGUAGCACACCCACAAAGUGAUUCUUCGUCUACCUGAUUCCUGGUUGAAUUGGAAUUUGGAAAUGUUGGAGAGGGGAAAACCGGAUUACCCAGAGAAAAACCUCUCAGAGCAAAGAAGAGAACCAACAACAAACUCAACUCACAUAUGGCUUGAAAUGAUAAAUUAGGUCUCCAUCUCAGCUUUUGCACAAGUCUUAAGUACUGGAUUUCUUAGGUUCAGAGUUUGUGGCCCUCUAAAUUUUUUAGAACACAGCCUUGGCUAUCUGAGUUUUGCAGUAAUUUUUAAUCAUUUUCUUUUCAUUUUGUCAUUGUAGGGGUGAUGAAUCCACCUGUUCUUGUGGAUUUAAACAAAGAUGGAACUGUUGACAUUGUCAUGGCAAUGUAUAACACAACUGUUGUUGCUUUUGAUGGUGAAACCCAUGAAAGACUAUGGGAUUUUGUUUUUCCAUCAAGUGAAAGUUACUCGUAAGUUUAUGCUUUUGGUCAUUUUGACCAGAUCUCUGUCAUUUUUGUUCUGAUGUAAUUAUUACAUGGGUUCCUUCAUAUAACAAACACCUAUAUAACAUGGUAUAUCUACGGGAUAUUCUUUGCCCUAGUUACAGUAAAGUAUGCAGAAAAGGACUAUGAUAUAACAAAGCCUUGUGAUAGUUCACUUAUUUUCCCUUCUCCUUGGUCCUUUGUUACAUCAAGUUUCCACUGCUGUAGGCUUAUUGUUCAAGUUCAAGAACAAGUUUUCUUCAAAGUUGAAACUUUGCUGCACAUGAUUUUGUUUCCGAAGUAUCAUACAUUGUUAAUCCUUUCUUACUUAUUACUAUCAUCAUCAUCAUUGUUGUCGUCAUUGUUGUUGUCAUCAUCUUUUGACUGCUCAGUGGGCAACCACCCCUAGAAUUGUUACAUCUCAUCAAAUGAGGCUUCUUCAAAGAAAAGCACCUCUGCCAUUUCCUCAAAUAAGUAUCUCCCCAAUAAACGAGAAGUCCAAUGGUAACUUCUCAUUUUUUGGUUCUUAAUAUUUUAGCUGAUUAGAUCUCUUUUCUAGAGAUCCAACGUUUAUAACCAGUAGGAUCUUCGUCCACAGUUUUUGCAGUUAAUUUAAUUCCUUUACCUCCCCAAUACUAGCAGGUAAAAAAGAGGUGACAUACCCCUGGUUUCAGACCCUGCCCUGACCCAAGCUCAACUCCAUGUCUCUGCUGUUACAAAAUUAUUGCAAAUUAUUGGUCUUUUGGUAAAUUAAUACUCAGUUUUGUGCUACUUUGAUGCUUAUUACAGGAUUUAAAAGCUCUCCAUUGGUCUUACUUCGAAUUCAGGGUGGCAGUGUUUGAGUCAUUUAAUUGUGGAGUCUUUGUGCUUAUUAGUGAAACCUGUCAGCUAUCUGUGGCUGUGGUCCAUGUUACUUUUAUUUUUCUUUGCAUUAUUGAUUUGUAUUUUUUAUCGUAUUUAAUUUUAGAAUUCCAGCUGCUGGCUUCUACAACAAAGAUGAUAUUCCUGACUUCCUUGUUAGGUACAAUACAGGCACAGGGUUCCCAGUGUAUUUCUAUUCCAAUGUAAGUUGGCUGGCAUCAGUUAAAAAAUCAUUAUCGUAACUUUCUUGUUUUCCAUUAUUUUGAAGCCAUUAUUACCAGCCAUUGCAUCAUUACAUUUUUUGCUGGUAUUCACCAUUGGGACUUAGAGGGUUAAUAAUUGAUUGACAGGUGACAGUGCUGGAUGGGAAAUCAGGCAAGCCUUUGGUCGUACCUUUUGUCAAAUCUUCAUCAAUGGCCAACACAUCACCGCUAACUGUCAGCAUGCAGGGAGUGGGUAAUGACCUUUUCAUUUACUGGGUGUCUGACUGCAUUGGCCAUGAAGGAGAAGGGGGAACAUUCAAAUUUGUUGAAGGCACUAAUGUACAUGAGCAGAGUCGUGCUGACACUUGUAAGCUGAGGUACAAUGCUAAGAGCUUCAGUAAGCUUCGUGUGAUGAAUAAGAACAUGGGCUUUCCUGGCAAUGAUAUAUACUAUUCAGGUGAGAUCAUCUUUGUAGGCCUUUAAGUUGCGUAGUCCCUAGGCCUCAUUAUUCCGCGCAGGCAAUGCUUUUCGGGUCACAUGAUCGGAGCGAGUUCUCCGUUGGUCUCGGAUAGAUCACCGAAAUGCAUUGACCGCGAGGGCCUGAGAAGUAGCGGCGUCAAAAAGCAAUAGGUUUAGUCAAGAGCCAUAAUGGGAUUAUGGCUCUUGGUUUAGUUCGCAAAACAACAACUCUGUACGUGCAUCACGCUUUUUUGUACAUUUCUUUGACGUUCCAGCAUGACUACUACGUGAAAUGACCAAAUUUAAGUUUUUUGAAGGACGGAAACGGCGAGGCGAUAAAUUCUACCCUCUCUGUCUGAACUCGGGCGUGGCCCCUCUCUUCAGCUCCAGCAUAAGUUCUCUUCUUUUAAGUAACUGGGUGACUUGAGAUAAUCGCGAAACGGUUUGAAAAGAUGCGGAGCCUAUUUUUCAGCGACGUUUUCAUGGACGUCGCUGUUGUUCGAUCGUAAGGUCCCUAUUAGGCAAGGCCUUAAACUUCUUUAGAUAUAUUUCUGGGUCUAGCUGAAGGCAAAUAACGCUACCUAGGCGUCUGAAAAUUAACGUUUUUAUUGUUUCACUAAAAUAAUAGCACAUUACAAAGGCUUCCAUUAAAAGCUAAAUCAAAGUAUAAAUGGACCUUGUUGUAAAAGUUGUCCAAACUAAGAGUACUGUAAGUUUUAGCUCGCCAGUGUGAUGCUGGAGUCUGAAAACUCAAUACUCUCUCCUCCUCGAAGUCGCUUCAAUCUUUUUUCGUUGGUCUCGAAUAUAGGGAGCUUAAGCAUCGACCACGUUGACUAGAACAGAAAUUAACCCUUUAAGUCCCAAUAUCCACAUACAAAUUCUCCACACUGGUCUUCAUACUUUUCCUUGAAGAAUGAGUUAAGAGAAUUUGGUAAAAGAUCAAGGUAUUUUCUCUUUGGUGAUCAUUUUAUUAAUUCUCAUAACCUAAUCUCUUAACAAUGUAUGGAUAGUGUUAGGAGAAUAUUGAUGUUGGACACCAUUGGGACUGAAAGGGUUAAUUUGCGUCCUUUCAUAACUUUAUUGCGUCUAUUUAGAGCCACUCAAGUUGUCAACUGCAGGCGAUUUUUCUUGGGGUGAAAUUCGUAAAGACUUUAUCCAGGUUUAAAAAGAGAAUGGAAAAAUCGUCGUAUAUGUUCAUGUCCUCCAUGAAACACGGCAUUAGGAAGUUUCAUGUCGUAGUCGUGCAGUGGACAUCAAAGAAAUGAACUGAAAAGCGUGAUGCACGUGUAGAGCUUUUGUCUUGCUCAUAAAACCUCCUUUUUUGAUGUUAGGUCAUUGUCGUGGCUGCUUAAGCAGGUAUGGUUUUCAGUCGAAAAAUUCGCACGUUUUUCUUUGCCAAAACGUUUCGAAUUUCGUUCAGUCCAGUCUCGUCUUUCAAACUGUGUUUUGCUUGACAGCAAGCCCUCCAUUUACGAAGCGAAGCAAACUGCGAGAGAAAACUCGAGCGAGCGGCUCGCGCGACGUGUCGCGACUUCCUCAAAUUGAGACCUUGCUUGCAGGCUAUGUACAUACUUAUGAUAACUUUCUUUUGCGUGUGGAGGAAGGCGGGGACGAAAAUGGGGAGAGAACGAGAAGCUCUCGUUCUUUCCCCUCCCCGACACCCACUUCCCAGGACCUUGCCCGCAGGCUAAUCUCUUUACAGUGGCCAAUCAGUUUUUUUUUCUGUCAUCGCAGUUGUGGUGUUUGUUUAUCAGCAUUUGUUUGUUUUCGCAGAGGACUAUUUCAGUUUGGAGCACGAGUCCACAGAGAAAGAUCUACAAGAAAAGGAAAAAAAAAAAGAAAACACCAGCUCACAAGCGCGGGCGAAAAGGCAUAUCGGCGUACCAGAUCACGGUGGGUAUCAAAGAUUGAUGGCCACCGGAAGUAUAGUGACGUCACUUGGGGAGGAAAAUAACACAGGACCUGCUGAUUCAAUUGAUGUUGUUUUCACUACUUAUUGGCAGUAUCCAGCAAAAGUGAGGAUUAUUCUGCCUGAGGAUAAGGCUUGUAUUGAGGACUUCAGAAAACGUCAUAACAUAACAGGUAAACUUUGCCAUAAUGGAGGCAAUUAUAGCAGGUACAUACUCCCUUAAGCGAUUUCUUCAAAAAACUCCUGGGACAGAGAAACACAAAGAUAAAUGAAAAACAUAAUGGCGUCAUUACGUUGCCAUGGCGACUCUGAUUGCAAUAAAACCCAGAUCAUACGAAAUUUUCAUCUUUAUAUAAUACAGUUGUGGUAACCUUUUUUCCAUAUCUUUACUCAUGCCGACGUAGUUAAUGUUCAAAGUUGGGAGGUAUCAACCCCAAAAAAUCCACUCAAGCCACCUUAAGCUUCCUAAAUAUGACUUACCAUAUGUCCUCGAAUAAACGCCUGGGCGCUUAUUUAAAUUUUUCCUAAAUGGAAGGUCGUUAAUUUGAAGUAGGGCACUUAAUCGAGGGGGUGGGGUGGGGGGUGGGGGGCACUUAUUAAGUUUUCCUUUCAACGAACUGUAGCGUUAUUUUGGCUAUAUCUUUUUAUAGGAUAACAAAAACUACAACAUUAUCCACGUAAAUGUUUAGUCAAUUUUUAAUGUUUCGUUUGUUAAAACAGUGGUUGGUAAUCAAGAAGACCGUAGUCCUUUUAUACAAGAUGUAUCGGUAUCCAAGUCUAUCAAAUUUUGAUUAUCUCAUCAAUUAAGUGGCAAUAGAACAAGACUUUCCUUGUAUCCUUACUCUUAAAGAAAUUGGGGAGGAGGGGAGGGAGUGCUUAUUCGAGAGGGGCGCUUGUGUGAUAUUAUGGUCUAAAGGGUAGACGCUUAUUAGAAGAAGAUUAUUUUCGUCGCUUAUCGAGUGUUAUAAGACAAUAAAUAGACUUAAUGGACUUGAUCACUCGGCAUUUUUUACAUUUGCACACAAUUUUCGGCCCUUAAGAGCCAACCAUCGUUUUAAACUUAAGCUUACAUCAGCAACUUUAAAUAGUUUUAAACAUUCUUUUUUUAUACGCAUAAUAGAUAAGUGGAACAAUCUCCCAAAGGAAGUUGCUGAGGCGGAGAAUUUGAAUAUUUUCAAGAACAGACUGAGACGUUAUCUUAUAGAUUUUUCUAGUGAACACUAAGUUCUUUUACUGUGUGAUGUUUUAUAUGCAUAUAUAGUUACUAUUUUAAACAGUUGUAAAUAAUUUAUUUCUUAAUGUAUUUUAUUAUCAGGAGAUAAACUAGAAAGGGAUAACCUCUUUUAUCUCCUUUUCACUUUUUCGAUUUGGAUUUGUGAAUAAACAGUUAUUAUUAUUAUUAUUAUUAUNAAGCGAUUUCUUCAAAAAACUCCUGGGACAGAGAAACACAAAGAUAAAUGAAAAACAUAAUGGCGUCAUUACGUUGCCAUGGCGACUCUGAUUGCAAUAAAACCCAGAUCAUACGAAAUUUUCAUCUUUAUAUAAUACAGUUGUUGUAACCUUUUUUCCAUAUCUUUACUCAUGCCGACGUAGUUAAUGUUCAAAGUUGGGAGGUAUCAACCCCAAAAAAUCCACUCAAGCCACCUUAAGCUUCCUAAAUAUGACUUACCAUAUGUCCUCGAAUAAACGCCUGGGCGCUUAUUUAAAUUUUUCCUAAAUGGAAGGUCGUUAAUUUGAAGUAGGGCACUUAAUCGAGGGGGUGGGGUGGGGGGUGGGGGGCACUUAUUAAGUUUUCCUUUCAACGAACUGUAGCGUUAUUUUGGCUAUAUCUUUUUAUAGGAUAACAAAAACUACAACAUUAUCCACGUAAAUGUUUAGUCAAUUUUUAAUGUUUCGUUUGUUAAAACAGUGGUUGGUAAUCAAGAAGACCGUAGUCCUUUUAUACAAGAUGUAUCGGUAUCCAAGUCUAUCAAAUUUUGAUUAUCUCAUCAAUUAAGUGGCAAUAGAACAAGACUUUCCUUGUAUCCUUACUCUUAAAGAAAUUGGGGAGGAGGGGAGGGAGUGCUUAUUCGAGAGGGGCGCUUGUGUGAUAUUAUGGUCUAAAGGGUAGACGCUUAUUAGAAGAAGAUUAUUUUCGUCGCUUAUCGAGUGUUAUAAGACAAUAAAUAGACUUAAUGGACUUGAUCACUCGGCAUUUUUUACAUUUGCACACAAUUUUCGGCCCUUAAGAGCCAACCAUCGUUUUAAACUUAAGCUUACAUCAGCAACUUUAAAUAGUUUUAAACAUUCUUUUUUUAUACGCAUAAUAGAUAAGUGGAACAAUCUCCCAAAGGAAGUUGCUGAGGCGGAGAAUUUGAAUAUUUUCAAGAACAGACUGAGACGUUAUCUUAUAGAUUUUUCUAGUGAACACUAAGUUCUUUUACUGUGUGAUGUUUUAUAUGCAUAUAUAGUUACUAUUUUAAACAGUUGUAAAUAAUUUAUUUCUUAAUGUAUUUUAUUAUCAGGAGAUAAACUAGAAAGGGAUAACCUCUUUUAUCUCCUUUUCACUUUUUCGAUUUGGAUUUGUGAAUAAACAGUUAUUAUUAUUAUUAUUAUUAUUAUAGAACGUGAGGGGCUACUUUUGCGUGUUGAUCGCGCGUGGCUCCUCGCGAUAUAACCUUGAAAUUUUCCUGGCCUUCAACAGUUUUUCUAUUAUAUUUUUAGAAGAAGAAUCUAACAGUGACGCUUCUACUUGGAGAAAUUACAAAGCUGGAAUAUUUGAUGCUGGAGAUGCAGCAGUGAAUGAAUGCCUAAAGAACAAGCGAAAACCAGACAAGAACAAGAUUUUCAUCAGUCAGGACGACUUUGAUGUGUAUAAAAUACACUUUGGCAGUUUGUCGGUGUAUCGUUUCACUCUGAAGUGCAAGUGUAAUAAUCUGUCGUCCUCUCAACGCUGUAGCAGAUUCUUGCCUUUUUCCCAGCAGAGUUGGGGUGGAUACAUGGGCACCCUGACAAAUAGUUAUUUUGUUCCAAGAAAAAGACCUUAGGGUGGGAUAGUGGUGGCCAUAUUGUGUUUGCCCUGGAGACUGGGUCGGAGUUGUGUCGAAUUGCACCAUGGGAUUGUUUGAGGGCGGGGAUUAUGACACCGUUUCCGGGGUAACUUCAUAAUCACCAAUUUGCCACUUUAUAAGCGAGGAGACUGGACCGAGUUAACUUUUGCAAGGACUUCUGGGACUGUUACUUGAGACAGUGAAAAAAUUGGCCAAUAGCUGACCGUUGAUUCCCCAGUAACGAUCCCAGGAGUCUUUUACAUUUUCGCAUUUUUAUAAGGUUAGCAUUAGGUAACAUCGGCUGAAGUCAGAUUGUUUCUUUACUGUGUAAUAUAAAAUGAAAUAAAAUAAAUCCACUGUAAUGCUUUGAACCCGGGUCACUUGCUUUAUAGCCUACAUCCGUAUCCACUACACCAUCGAGGACUAGCUGCCAAAUCCAAUAAUUUUUAAAAUAUACAUGUUCUUAUAUAUGCCGUACCCCAUUACAAUAUUUGAAAGCUAACCGUUUUCAGUUCAGUGCUUAACCCUAAUGACUGCAGAUCAGUGCUUAACUCUCUACUGUGUUCUCUCCAUAACUGGCACUCUGUAGUUUUGGUUUCUUCACCUAUUCUAGCCUCAUUCUACAUUCCAGUCUCGUUCCAUUAUGGAAAUAAUGCGUUGUGUAAAAUUCAUAAGGUGUCCAAUCUGGCUUCACUCGAUGUUAUCUAACGUUAACCUUUUUAUAAAGUACAUUCUGUUUAGUUAGGAAAUGGCAGUGUCAAUGACGAGUCAGUUUAAACUGCAUGAAACUGGAAUUCUUUGACCCCAAAAUGCAGGAAAACGUAGUAACUUUAUACCUUUUAUGAAAUCAUUGGACACUUAACUUUCCACGUAACCCGGCCCGCCAGCUGAGGCUGCCUUUUCGAGAUAUGUCCCGGCGUGCAGAAAGUACGUAUCCUGAAAAAGUCGCCUCUACUAGCAGGCUAAUUUCCGUGGAAACCCUCUUUUGUUUUCGUUUUGCAUCGUACGGGAUUUACUGAUUUUAUCAUACUCUUCUUUGUAAUGACACUGCAUUAUAAAUAUUACCCGAAGAAACGUUCGUAAAUUUUUAAGGGCUAAGGGUUGUCAAAAUAAAUGUCUCUAUUUAACAGUU